AUGGUAUCUCAAUCUGAUAUUGAUCAAUCUAAAGCGUAUUACCAAGCUGCAGGUGGAGAAACGAAUAGAAGAAUAUACGGUCUUGGAACUAAAGCGAAAAAUUACUACAAGCAUAAGCUUUGUGCCUCAUCAUCUGUACGACCUUCAGUUUUUCAAUCAAAAUCAACAACAAAUAUGGAUGAAUUUGUAAAGAAAAUGCUUUAUGCACUUAUUAAUCAUCUUCUUCCUAUUCUUAUGGAACGGGUAGAAGAAGUGAUUACUCCCGUUGACAAUCCGUCACCUUUGACCCCCAUAAUGCCUCCUCUUGCUACUACUAACGAGGUUGAUCCCUUAGUUUCAAGUGACGACGAUGCUAUCCUAUAG